AUGCAUGAGAAAUCACGAGAAGACUUACUUGAACAGUCGAAAAGAAAUGAGAGAUUACUUUCAUACGAAUUCGAUGAACUGAUACGAGAAAAGGUUGCAGCAGAAAAGGAGCUGCUUACACUUAAACAAAACUUGAAAAAAUGCUUUACUUCCGAGGACAAAACAAGACUACAAGAACAGAUAGCAAGAAAACAAGAUCGCAUCGUACACCUGCAGGACCAAAACUGCGUCAUGAAAAAGCGUUUAUGUACAUUGCAAGAGAUCGUUAAGAUUCUGGAGCGUCGUUCAACUUCAACGGAUGAAUCCACAAAUCGAAGUGAAACAGAGAAAUUGGGCAAACUAAUCGAAGAAGACGCUGAAUUGAAAGUGGAAUCAAGUCUGAUAAAGGAGCGGCUAGCAACAGAUGAAAGGGUUUACUAUUCUACUAUUGGUACUAUGACGGAUUUGCCAUUCAUGAAAACAUCGGAUUAUGAAGUGAAUAAAGUAGAUCAACCGUCUACAAACGGAUGCGAAUCAUCGCAACCAAUGAGAGCACAGCUCCUUACUGUCGGGCGUUUGAGCCCUUAUCUAGAAGACAUACAGCAUGUUUUACAAGAGCGCGACUCUUCUAUCGCUGAAUUUAAAGCUAAGCUGGAUAAGGCUGAAACAGAUCAGAAGCAGCUGCAGAAGAUAUACAACAGCAAACAGCAGGAACUAGAAAAGCUCCAAAGAAAAGUUGGGGAGAGAUCGCAAGAACAGAUAAAGUUGAACGCUGAGAAUGAGCAACUUCAGGCCCAGGUGAAAGAGUUCCAGAACAAGGAGAAAAAUAUUAGUUCGUCGUUAGACGAAACAAUCAAACGGAUGAGAGACAAGGAGAUUGUCAUUAGCAGACUCGAUGCCGAGAUUAGCAGCUCAAAGGAACAGGUGGAAGCUCUUCAGUCUCUCGUAAAAAAAGGUGAGGACAGGAUGGAGAUAUUGAAAGCAGAGCUGGAGAAAUCUGCAUUGGAACUAAAACAGACCCAGAAUCGGAUUGUCACGAAUAAAGAGCAGUUUAUACAUGUACAGGACGCAAAUCUCAAGUUGCAAACGAGAUAUGAAGCCGAGAAAUGCACCGCAAUCGCAUUGGAGAAAGAGAAGUCAGACAUGAUCAUGAAUCACGAGAAAGUGAUCAACGAGAAAGAACUUUUGUUAAAGAGCCUGAUGGUAAACGUCGAACAGUUGCAAAAGAAAUUGGAAGUCGAGAAAGGCAUCGCAAUCGCAUUGGAGAAAGAGAAGUCAGAAUUGAUCACGAAUCACCACAAAGUUGUCAACGAGAAAGAACGUUUGUUAAAAGGCCUGAUGGUUAACGUCGAACAGUUGCAAAUGCAAUUUGAUGCCGAGAAAUUAUGCACCGCAAUCGCACUUGAGAAAACGAAGUCAGAAUUGAUCAUGAAUCACCAGAAAGUGGACAACGAGAAAGAACUUGUGUUGAAGGGCCUGAAGUUAAACGUCGAACAGUUGCAAAAUAAAUUUGAAGUCGAGAAAGGAUCCGCAAUUGCAUUGGAGAAAGAGAAGUCAGAAUUGAUCAUGAAUCACCAGAAAGUGAUCCACGAUAAAGAUAUUUUGUUAACGGGCCUGAAGGUUAACAUCGAACAGUUGCAAAAGAAAUUUGAAGCCGAGAAAUGCACCGCAAUUGCAUUGGAGAAAGAGAAGUCAGAAUUGAUCGUGAAUCACCAGAAAGUGGUCUUUGAGAAAGAACUUUUGUUUAACGGCCUAAAGGUUAAAGUCGAACAGUUGCAAAUGAAAUUUGAUGCCGAGAAAUGCACCGCAAUCGCAUUGGAGAAAGAGAAGUCAGAAUUGAUCAUAAAUCACCAGAAAGUGAUCAACGAGAAAGAACUUUCGUUUAAGGGCCUGAAGGAUAUCGUCGAACAGUUGCAAAAGAAAUUGGAAGUCGAGAAAGGCACCGCUAUCGCAUUGGAGAAAGAGAAGUCAGAAUUGAUCAUGAAUCACCAGAAAGUUGUCAACGAGAAAGAACGUUUGUUAAAAGGCCUGAUGGUUAACGUCGAACAGUUGCAAAUGCAAUUUGAUGCCGAGAAAUGCACCGCAAUCGCAUUGGAGAAAACGAAGUCAGAAUUGAUCAUGAAUCACCAGAAAGUGGACAACGAGAAAGAACUUCUGUUGAAGGGCCUGAAGUUUAACGUCGAACAGUUGCAAAAGAAAUUUGAAGUCGAGAAAGGCACCGCAAUCGCACUGGAGAAAGAGAAGUCAGAAUUGAUCAUGAAUCACCAGAAAGUGAUCCACAAUAAAGAUAUUUUGUUAACGGGCCUGAAGGUUAACAUCGAACAGUUGCAAAAGAAAUCUGAAGCCGAGAAAUGCAUCGCAAUCGCAUUGGAGAAAGAGAAGUCAGAAUUGAUCGUGAAUCAGCAGAAAGUGGUCAACGAGAAAGAACUUUUGUUAAACGGCCUAAAGGUUAACGUCGAACAGUUGCAAAUGAAAUUUGAUGCCGAGAAAUGCACCGCAAUCGCAUUGGAGAAAACGAAGUCGGAAUUGAUCAUGAAUCACCAGAAAGUGAUCAACGAGAAAGAACUUGUGUUAAUGGGCCUGAAGGUUAACGUCGAACAGUUGCAAAACAAAUUAGAAGCCGAGAAAUGCACCGCAAUCGCAUUGGAGAAAGAGAAGUCAGAAUUGAUCAUAAAUCACCAGAAAAUGAUCAACGAGAAAGAAAUUUCGUUAAAGGGCCUGAAGGAUAACGUCGAACAGUUGCAAAAGAAAUUGGUAGUCGAGAAAGGCACCGUUAUCGCAUUGGAGAAAGAGAAGUCAGAAUUGAUCAUGAAUCACCAGAAAGUUGUCAACGAGAAAGAACGUUUGUUAAAAGGCCUGAUGGUUAACGUCGAACAGUUGCAAAUGAAAUUUGAUGCCGAGAAAUGCACCGCAAUCGCAUUGGAGAAAACGAAGUCAGAAUUGAUCAUGAAUCACCAGAAAGUGGACAACGAGAAAGAACUUGUGUUAAAGGGCCUGAAGUUAAACGUCGAACAGUUGCAAAAGAAAUUUGAAGUCGAGAAAGGCACCGCAAUCGCAUUGGAGAAAGAGAAGUCAGAAUUGAUCAUGAAUCACCAGAAAGUGAUCCACGAUAAAGAUAUUUUGUUAACGGUCCUGAAGGUUAACAUCGAACAGUUGCAAAAGAAAACUGAAGCCGAGAAAUGCACCGCAAUCGCAUUGGAGAAAGAGAAGUCAGAAUUGAUCGUGAAUCACCAGCAAGAGGACUUCGAGAAAGAACUUUUGUUAAACUGCCUAAAGGUUAAAGUCGAACAGUUGCAAAUGAAAUUUGAUGCCGAGAAAUGCACCGCAAUCGCAUUGGAGAAAACGAAGUCGGAAUUGAUCAUGAAUCACCAGAAAGUGAUCAACGAGAAAGAACUUGUGUUAAUGGGCCUGAAGGUUAACGUCGAACAGUUGCAAAACAAAUUUGAAGCCGAGAAAUGCACCGCAAUCGCAUUGGAGAAAGAGAAGUCAGAAUUGAUCAUAAAUCACCAGAAAGUGAUCAACGAGAAAGAUAUUUCGUUAAAGGGCCUGAAGGAUAACGUCGAACAGUUGCAAAAGAAAUUUGAAGUGGAGAAAGGCACCGCAAUCGCAUUGGAGAAAGAGAAGUCAGAAUUGAUCAUGAAUCACCAGAAAGUGAUCCACGAUAAAGAUAUUUUGUUAACGGGCCUAAAGGUUAACGUCGUACAGCUUCAGAGCAAGGUGGAUGCAUGUGAGGAGAUAAACAAUGGGUUAAAUAAGACAGUCACCAGUCUUCAGGAGCAAAUCCAGACACAGGAAAGAGAGGUCGCCCAACUGCAAACGAGAAUGUCACAGAAAGAGGAGGCUUUCAUACAGAUUAACAAACAACACAAUCGCACACUUCAGGAGAGAAACCAGAUUGAGAUGCUGGUCCAUCAGUUGCAAGCUGAGGCAGACAGACAAAAGGAAGAAUAUGAGAGACUGGUGGAAGAGGCCCGUCAUACGACUGAGACCAGUCUUGCUGCCAAACAUGAGAAAUACGUAGAAGAUAUCCUGACACAGCAUGAAGAAGAGAAGGCAAUGGAACACGCAGCCAAUGAGCGGGAGCGAGUCAGUAGAUACGAAGCUCAGUUGAAGGUCUCACCCGAUGUGGAUUACCAUCUUCUCAUUUCGUGUGCUGUGAGUCCAAAAGGAGACAGGCUGUACAUUACAAGCCACGACCAUAACACGCUCCUCACCCUGGCCAGGGAUGGAUCAGUCCUGGCUAUCUUCUCGGACCCAGAAUUAAAACGUCCAUUUGGUUUGCAUGUGACCGAUGCGGGCCAGGUGCUGGUUUGUGGAUUAAAGUCCCACACUAUACUACAGGUGGACUGCGAGGGGAGGACUAAGCUUGCCACUCUGGUUAAAAUGGGUGAAAUGGAUCAUCCUACGGUAGUCUGCUACAGCAGGGAGAAGAAACCGGAGUUACCAGAGGAGACCCACUUGUCCGGUAUGGUGACUAUUAACCAAACUCACAUGCUUCCGGGAGAAUGGAUUGAACAUGGGGCCCCUUAA